AUGUCUCCCAAGCUCCUCCUCGCCCUGACCAGCAUGAUCUCUCUCGCCGCGUCCCUCCCCCACGCGGCCCGCGAGUGCUCCCAAACCUCCGUCCCGCCCGCCGCGACGACCGCGACCCCGGGCAUCGCCGCCCACCCCCAACACUUCAACAUCUACCAGUCCGCCUCGCAGCCCAACCACCCGACGGACAACGUCCCGCAUCUCGACCUCCACACCAACAUCACCCGCCAGGUCGUCGUCUUCACCGGCAUCCCGCCGACGGCCAAGUCGUGCGCGCUCGGCUGGCGCCAGGGCCCGCUCGAGACCCGCGUCUUCCGCGUCGACGGCAACGGCCUCGUCUCCUCGCGCCAGCUCAAGGCCGAGGGCUUCCCGACAUGGACGACCGGCAGCGACGUGCUGAUCAACCCGACGACGAUCGCGCCCUUCCAGGGCGGUAGCGAGUUCACCCCGGGCAUGGACUUUACGUUCUGGGACCAGCCCGACUUCUCUGCCCCUGCGACGCACAGCGGCCCGAGUGUCAAGUGCCAGGAGAGGAUUGUCGUUGAGCUGGCGGUCAACUUCAACAACGGGCAGGAUGGACGCGUGUUUAUGGAGGAUGACGCCGAGAAUGGACUCUACGUUUCUUACUCUUAG